GGGUUUGAACGCGCUGCGGUAACUGCACGAGUCGCCAUGGUCGUCUGCAACGGAGCGCGGCGGACGCUGCUGGGCCUCCUCGCCGUUGCGGUGGCGGCGGCGGAGGUGCAGGAGAAGCUCUCGCCCGAGUGCAAGCAGUUCCUGUACAUGGGCACCCUGCCUCGGGGGCUCGAGGAGCAGCCGUUCAAGAAGAUCUGCCAGUUCUACGAGGGCCGCCCGCGGUUCGUCACCCUGUACGACACCGGCAACCACAUCCCCGUGUACUCUGCGUACACCUUCAAGCGCUCGGACGGCUCCAAGAAGGUGGACGUGCCUUGGAUGUAUGAGCCACAGCUCUCCGCAGCCUCCGACUCCCGCGAGAUGCAGCAGUUCCCCUCGGAAAACGUCCCCCGGAACUUCGAGGACGCGCAGGCCGUGCUGGACGACUACUCCGACUCGGUGACCUUCGAGCGCGGCCAGCUGAACCCGGACGAGCACCAGGCGGCGCCGGGCGACAAGGCGUCCACCUACACCCUGACCAACGUGGUGCCCCAGGUCAGGGAGUUCAACAUCGGGCCCUGGAAGAAGCACGAGCACACCAUCCGCAGGCGGCUCAACAACUACUGCCGCGGCGCCGCCUACGUGGUGACCGGGGUCACCACCUCGGGCCACACCAUCCGCCGGCGCAACAUCAACCGCCUGGGCAUCCCCACCUACUUCUGGUCGGCCUACUGCUGCAUUGAUUUUGACCGCAACGCGCCGUACUCGGAGCGGUCAAAGUUCCCCGCGUUCGCGGCGCACGGGAUGAACGAGCGGGAGGGCGGAAAGGUCCAGGAGAUGACGGUGCAACAGCUGGAGGAGUUCCUGAAGAAGGUCACCUACGUCAGCGGCUCUUUCCAGGUCUUCUAUGACAACUGCGUGCCUCACAACGGUGGCAAUAGUGCCGUGCAUCUGCCUUGAGGGAAUGUGCACGGGGUCCUUCUUAUUUAGUGGAUUGACACUCUGUCAAUAAAAUUUUAACAUUUAGCAGCUGAGUAGGAGUGAAUCAUCUC